ACAAUUAAAAAUAAAAAAAAAAUAAAAAAUCUUGAAACAAUUAAUUUUUUGCUUAGCUUCCUGCAUAACUCCACUUUUAUCGAUAGUGAACACAACCAAAAUCUUUCAGAUUAGAUGAAAAAAGAAAAACAAGGAAAAAAAAAAACAUAAAAGAAGAUGAUGUGCAUGAAUGUUUUGAGUUCAAGUGCACAAAACAUCUCCAUUUCGAAGCAGCCAACGUUACUACAACAGCAGGCAUGCGUUAACAGCCUAAUCCUCCCCAAACCCAAAUCCAGGAAUUUUCCAACACCUAAAAAGCAGGUAGCUACACCUCUCCGAGUGUUGGCCAUUGUUAGCGAGCAAGAAUCGAGAAGCAUUUUCGAUUUCAACGGUUAUGUUUCCCAGAAAGGUAGCUUGGUGAACAAGGCGCUAGACGAGGCUGUUCUGGUGGGGAGCCCACCUGCGCGGGCCAUUCAGGAGGCUAUGCGGUACUCACUGUUGGCCGGCGGGAAGAGAGUUCGGCCGAUGUUGUGCAUUGCCGCCUGUGAGGCGGUGGGCGGCAGCCAGGCGGCAGCUGUUCCGGCGGCCUGCGCGGUGGAGAUGAUCCACACGAUGUCUCUUAUACACGACGACCUGCCGUGCAUGGACAACGACGAUCUUCGUCGGGGAAGGCCCACCAAUCACAAGGCGUUUGGUGAGGACGUGGCAGUACUAGCAGGAGAUUCCUUACUGGCCUUUGCAUUCGAAUUCAUGGCCAUCGCCACCACCGGCGUGCCGCCAGUCAGAGUACUGGCGGCAGUCGGAGAAUUAGCAAAGUCUAUAGGCACAGAGGGUCUCGUGGCCGGUCAAGUCGUGGACCUGUACUACACUGGAAAAAACCAAAAUGUUGGGUUGGACACUUUAGAAUUCAUUCACAUACACAAAACUGCGGUUCUAUUAGAGGCUUCCGUGGUUAUGGGAGCGAUUAUUGGAGGAGGAGACAAUGGCCAAGUCGAGAGGCUAAGGAUCUUUGCCCGGAAAAUAGGUUUGCUUUUCCAAGUGGUGGAUGACAUUUUGGAUGUCACUAAAUCAUCAGAGGAGUUGGGUAAGACAGCUGGUAAAGAUCUGGCGGUGGAUAAAACAACGUAUCCCAAACUAUUAGGAUUGGAUAAGGCUAAGGAGUUUGCCGUGAAGUUGAAGGAUGAGGCAAAGGAGCAGCUAGCAAGCUUCGACAGGGAUAAGGUGGCUCCUCUAGCGGCAUUGGCGGAUUACAUUGCGUAUAGGGAGAAUUAAGGUUUGUUAUUUAUUUUGUUUGUUGUAAAAUGGUUAUGAAUUUGUUCAACUUUUGUUGUAUUUUUUGGGGGCAAAUGAAUUUGCUUCAUACUACUUGGAGUUGUGAAGGUUUCAUUUUCCUCGAGGGAUGUAAAGUAAUGUGUAUGAAAUACUAUGUUUGGGACUUUUGAAUCAUGGGACUCUUUCGAAAAUCGGUUUUGAGUUCAAGGACCGAGUUGUAUCUUGAUUUGUUUUGUAUUUAAAGCUCUUAAACAUUGG